AUGAAAGAAUUAAAUACAUUGCUAUCAAAAACUGAUGGACAAUCCGUUCCGGGAACGCAACUCCGGCAACUUGCACAACGUUUCGGACUUACUGGAAUGAAUGCUGAACAGAGUUUGGAAUUGGUGAAGAAUUUUAUGAACUUAAAAGGAUUACAGUCUAAAAUAGCAGAUGGUGAUGAUCAAGAACAAAAUAAAAAACUUGAACCAAUAAGGCCUAUUAAUGCACCACCUCAUUUUAUAUCAGUAAAAAUUUCCAUUAUGUAA